UUCAUUUUGAGAGGGAGAGAAGGGACUAAGUAAUUGACUAGGUCAUGAGUACUUAUCCUUGCCUGCAGUGCGGUGGGUCGCCCUUGCAUGAAUCUGUCUGUUUUAGGAGGGGCUGCGACGAAGGUGCGUCUUUUACGUGCGGAUGGGAGACAAUCGUUUGUCCUCAAGGUCCACGCGUGUUUAUUAUUACUUUCUCUUUCUUCUAUUUUUGUGGUUUCAAAAUUCUGCUGUUCCCAUACCGGUCUGGUCACUAGCAGAUAACACACUCGCGUCUCAACUUCAUUGAAAUAGAUGCGAGUUUACCACCCAUACCUUCACCUCAUGGAGGGAGCAUGUGUUUUCCCCUUUUGACUUCCAUACUUUCAAGACGACUGGGUACGACCUGAUUUUCGUGAUCUUUCUUACUUUCAAUGCAGAACACUUACCCCUCAGAGUCGCAGUCCUAUACGAGUCCUACUAUCCCUUCUACAAAAGUCUUCGUCGCCGGUGGCCAAAUAAAGGCCAAAGCGAGCAAUGGAUGUUUCUCCUUAUCGACCAAGUCUCGACGACUGACAAAGAACAACAACAACAACAACAGUACUUGCAGGGACGAUGCUCGGACUCAAAGUCGCCGUUCCAGUGUGACCGAUAUCGAGUCUUGUCUGCAGCCGACGUCACUGACCAUUCAAUCACUUGGGGCGAGUCGAAGCGCCGUACUUGCACUGCCGGCACGGCCUUCAUCAUCAUCAUCAUCAUCAUCAUCUACCCUAGAAACUCCCUCUUCUCCAAGUGGUGGUCGUGUGGUCGCACUGCCUGUGCAAUGUACACAUAAUCGGUGUUGUGCAAUGUACGAGAAAGUGGGCUCAAUUGCGAGGGUUAAAUCGGGUUCUUUCAUUCUGUGAUCUUUUUUUUU